GGCCCCAGAGGCAGGUUCCAGCCUCAUCGAAAGGCCUCCAGGGCUGUGAAAUGACACAGGCCCUCAUCCUGGGCUGAGCCAGCUGGUCAAGCCUAGCAGGCUGCCCCACAGGAAGCAUGGAGGAGCUGAGCCAGGCCCUGGCGUGCAACUUCACCGUCUCGCAGGACCUGAACAGCCCCACGGCUCCGCACCCUCGCCUGGCCCAGUACAAGCCCAAGCACAGCUCCCUGGAGCAGGGCCAGAGGAGGCGCCGCCUGCUGGAGCUCCAGAAGACGAAACGACUGGAUUAUAUAAACCAUGCUAGAAGGCUGGCAGAGGAUGAUUGGACAUACACGGAGGAGGAGGAGGAGGAGGAGGUGAGAGAGAAAGACAGUGCUGAUGGAAAUCAGGAGGACAUGGAAUUAGAGGUUGUAAAGAAACUGCCGAAGCGAUACGCUAACCAGCUGAUGCUCUCCGAGUGGCUGAUUGAUGUCCCCCCGGAUUUAGAUCAGGAAUGGGUCUUCGUGGUGUGUCCCACAGGGAAGAGAGCUCUGGUGGUGGCAUCCAAGGGCAGCACAGCAGCGUAUACCAAAAGUGGUUUCUGCGUCAAUCGCUUCCCUUCUCUUUUGCCUGGUGGGAACCGCCAUAACUCAGCAACAGGGAAAGAAUACACCAUCUUGGAUUGCAUCUACAGCGAGAUUCAGCAGACGUAUUAUGUCCUUGACGUGAUGUGUUGGCGGGGACACCCUGUCUAUGAUUGUCAGACAGAUUUCAGGUUCUACUGGCUGCAUUCCAAAAUGCAAGAGGAGAUCGACUUGGCGGAGAAAAGCCGAAUAAACCCGUUCAGGUUUGUGGGCCUAAAGAGCUAUUCCUGCAACACGGCUAGCCUGUGUGAGGUUCUGGCGAUGCAGUUCCCCUUUGAGGUAGAUGGUCUCCUUUUCUAUCACAAACAAGUGCACUACAGCCCGGGCAGCACCCCAUUGGUGGGCUGGCUGCGCCCGUACAUGGUCUCCGACAUCUUGGGCAUCGUCGUGCCCGCCUGCCCGCUCACCUCCAAACCGGGUUACGCGGGACAGCAGCUGCAGCAAAUCAUUGAGCACAAGAGGAAUAAAAACAGGCCGGAGGGUCCCACCGAGGAUCCAGCCUCGCAAGACGGCCGUUACGAACUGGAGCAUUUAUCCACCCCUCAGCUGGAAGUGUUGCGCCCCAUCCUGGAGGAUGGCGUGUGCCAGAUGGACAACUGACCAGAGACCAGGAUCUGUCGAGAGGCAUCUCCGUAAACCCUGAUGGGAACCCCAUAUGUAUUUCUACAACAUCUGGGAGGAAAACAAGCCUUUCACACGGACGAGAAAUCUUGUUUCCAAAGUAUUUCGUUCGGAGGGUCCUGGCUUCCCUCCUGCUUCAGAGAUGCCGCUGUUCCUUCAGUUUGUCCUUGGAGAGCAAAAUCGGCCCACGCCGACAGCUGAGCUUCUGAAGCAAUUGGGGAAGAGUCCGUGCAAACCUGGGUUCGAGUUCUCGCAGGGUCACUCGGCCCCCUUGGAUCGCUCGCUGUGCUGCAGAGGCGUCUUCCCACGUGCUUCGAGGCCGUCUGGUGUCAGAUUCCAGGUUUUAAGGGAGGUGUGAAGUUUCCAGAAAGGCACAGAUUCAACGGGGCUUGCAGGGCAUGGUGGAAAAAGUCAAGAUGGUGGCCGUGCGGUGCAACCGAAGCUCUGCGUGGCCGCCAUCUUGACUUUCUCCACCAUGCCUUGUGGCCAUCCCUGCACAGAUUUGAUGCUGAGAGCCCGACUAUGCACUCUUCAUGUUUAAAAAAAAAAAAAAGCAAACACAGAAUAGAUAAGCACAGGAUUCACGUGCUGAAGCCCUUUGGCUUCCUUCCCAUUCUGCCACAUUUCUGGUGUCUGGAUGUUGUGGUGUUACACUCUUAGAUUCACCAAAUAAAGAACUUCUGCAAGAUCUGAAACAA